AUGGUGGUGGAUACUCGCAGCAACAGUCGCAUGACGGACGCUGCGCUCAGUGUGUCCUUGUCGCCACUGCUGCCGAGCUCCGUGGAGGAAGAGACGCCGCCCGGUGUCUCCGGCAGAGACGAAGGCAAGCAUGUGCGCUUCCAGCCUGUGUUCCAGCCCACACACACCGUAUUCACCCCCAGACUGAGCGAGACAAGCUCGCUACGGUACCGCAAGCCUGACGACCGCGUAGUGGGCAGCACGAGUCUAGCGCCUCCCAGCUCUGUCUCCUCGAUCGCGCAACCUAACUACGACGAUUUCCUGCGACGUGUGAGCGUUGUGCUGUACCAGCACAUCAGACGCUGCGAGAAGCGGCAUAGAGAGCAGCAACGCAGCAAUGCUAACGGCAACAUUGGAGGGAUCUCCACCGCUAUUGCCGCUGCGGUGUCGGCUCUUAAGACACCAGAAGAAAGAAAUCUGAACGAGUCCAGAUCUCCCACCCCAACGGAGGACACGGCGACAUUCAAUAUCUCGGAAGAAACUUCGGAAUAG